GUAGGAAAAAAAAAAAUGGAAGGCAUGUUAUAAUGGAUAAGUGAAAUUAUUGCGCGGGUGGGUGCAUUGAUUGCUGUUUUAUUUCCCAGAGAGACAGAAAAUUUGUGUGGUGGAACUUAGGAAGAAGUAGAAGAAGCCAUGACAAGGUCUGUGUGUGAGUUCUUGUAUGAGCUUUAUGCCAAGACCAUAGUCCUUGUAACAUACAUGCUAAUACAACUUAUCCUUAUCAUUCGCUACCUUAAGUCAAACACACCUGCAAUAUCGACCACCCAAUACCUCAGUUUCAUCGAAGAGAAGAACCCCGCAAUUCGUUGCACCACCAGACUCAAAGCAGAGCACAUAGACUGCAGAGUGUGUCUCUCUGAGUUCCAGGAAGGGGAGAAGGUGAGGAACCUCAACUGCAGACACACUUUUCACAAGGAUUGCUUGGACCAGUGGUUGCAGCAAUACUGUGCUACUUGCCCACUCUGCAGACACAAGGUUUUGCCAGAUCAUGUUGUCGCCAACUACAACCUCCUUCAAAAUCAGGUACAAGAAGAAGAAGAGUACGAUGGCAAUGAUCACCAACUCAUCUUUUUGUUAUCUGCAUUAAGGGGUGGUAGCACUUUGCACACGUAUCUCUGAUCCCCUUUUCCGGAUUAUUCAUUCCUUCACAACAAUAUUCAUUCAUGCAUCCUUAGAGUUUUGUACCUUUUCCUCUUUCCGAUAUCCAAGGUUAUAUAUCUAUAUAUAUAUAUAGUAAAAGAUAGACUCUAGCUACUUUCACUGCUAUUCUGCGUAGCUUAACUCUUUGAAUUUCGGUUUGGUGCAUUUUGGAAACGGUUUUAGUUGGAUGCUGCAGAGUCCACAUCGGACAUACACCAAAAAGGAGAUGUAUUUGAAAAGCCUUCACUUUUUUCUUUCUCAACAGAUGAUAGUGUCUGAAUUCAAAACAGAGUCUGCACUUCAAAAGUUCUCAGCGAAAGGGUCGAUGGUUGUUGUUCUUGUUGCUGUUGUAGUGAUUAGUGAUUAGACACUUCACAUUAUAGGAAAAUCUUGUAACAGAACUUGUGUGAGAAAACUUGUUGAACUCUGCUAACAAGUUUAGUUCAUAGUAUAGUGUAAUAGUAAUAAAGUGAAAAUAAAUACAAAAUGGAGACUGUGUUUGUUCCA